UUUGACGCGGACGUAAACAAACGUAGUUUAGCAAUCUAAACCCCGUUGUGACUAUAGAGAGAUUGUACUGUAGUACAAUGUGUUUCUCUGCCGCCUAGAUCUAGAACGAUCUGAUAUCCGGUAACAAGACCUGGCGUUUUGUUAGGAGCUUUACUUGAGAAGAUCUUAACUCAACAAUGUCUACUUCAAAUUUCAAGAAUAAGUGUGUGACGCAAGUCAACUGUAUAUACUGUGACAGUCUGCUGUGCAUGAGAGGAAUGAAAGCAGUACUUUUAGCUGAUACGGAAAUAGAGUUGUUCUCAACCGACAUACCACCAAAUAGGACAGUUGAUUUUGUGGCAAGCUGCUAUUCCACUGAAAGCUGCAAAUGCAAAUUAAGAGACAUUGCUUGUUUGAAAUGUGGGAAUGUUGUGGGAUAUCACGUGGUGGCCCCAUGCAAGCCCUGCUUGCUGUCCUGCAACAAUGGUCAUUUCUGGAUGUUCAACAGUGAAGCUGUGUCCACUAUCAAUAGACUAGAUGCAACAGGGCAGAACUUGCUGCUGUGGGGAGAUCUUCCAGAACUGGAGGGCAGUGAUGACGAGAGUCUGGACUUUCUCUCAGAAGAAGAGUACCUCAGAUAGAAACACACACAUCCAAAGGAAGUAGACUCUGACGCUUUGACAUUUGAAGUGGCACAAAAUGACUUGGCAGCUUUGAGUAGAGUAUUUAGGUCUCAGCUCGGUGACAUUUGGCAUUUCAACAACUUUAAUUUAACAUUAUGGUACUUUGCUUGGCACACUCUUUUCAAUUAAUGCUGUUUCAUGAGAUAGUUAAGCAUUUGUACUUUCUGUACUCCAGUUAAGUUUCACUGUUUGUCACCAGGGCAAUCAUGAAUACGACAGAAAUAAAUCUGCACUUAAUAGUAAAUAAAUUCUUCAUGACACUGUGUGACAAACUGGACAAAGCAUUUUUAAGCUUUCUGAUUUUUUUUUCUCAUGGAGGUAACAAAAUGAUUUGCAUCCUCUUCCAUUUCUUUUGUUUUAUAAAGACAUGAUAUAGUCAUUCAGUAGCAGUUUUUCCACAAUCCUGUUUACCAUUUCACUGUGUGUAAUAUGAUAUUCACAGAUCAUUUAUAUAUAUAUAUAUAUAUAUAUAAAACAAUUAAGGCUAUAAUGCCCCACUGUAAACGUCUUAGUGCAAAAUUUACGCUAUGUUGCAUUUUCAGUAAAAAUAACAGCAACAAGUGUAAACAACCACUAUUGAGAUAGCUUUCAGGUGUAGCAAUUUUAGGGGUUGGCUCUUUUAUGCCUUGAAGCGAUCUUUAGUAUGCAUUUAUGACCAAAAUGAAACAGCGAAAAAUAUGUUUUGCAUUUUAACUUAUUAACAGAGGAUUUAUUUGAUUAUCUAUGUUUUGAAUGUAUUUAUUAACAGACAUGAUACUGUAUUUAUACUGACGUGAUUUAAUUUGUGCCAUGUGAGGAUGAGAAAAAAAAAACAUUUGUAUACAGUACUUUUGAUCUGCACUGACAAUAUGUUGUUGGUUUAAACUUUGGGUUAUUUUGUAUGAUGAAUGUCUUGAUAUUAAAUUUUUAA